UGUUGUGGUUUACAAUUAGAGAUUUAUUUUCAAAAAUGCGAUUUCAGUUUAAAAACGCAAAUUUACUUCUGCAACUUUUAAGAAAAGGGGACAAGUUGCGGCAGACCGUUCCGAUUUCUACUGGCAGUAGUGACUUUAAAAAAGUCUUGGCACCGUGUGAACAUAACUCCAUCCCGGGCCCCACCAGGUGGCCGGUGGUGGGGAGCCUGCUGGAGAUCAUAAGGAAAGGAGGACUCCAAAAACAACACACAACACUGGUGGAAUUUCAUAAGAAAUUUGGGAAGAUUUUUAAGAUGAAAUUGGGGCCGUUUGAGUCGGUGCACGUUGGGGCUCCGUGCCUGCUGGAGGCUCUUUUCCGCAAAGAAAGCAGCUACCCCCAGCGCUUGGAGAUCAAACCAUGGAAGGCUUACAGAGACUACAGGAAUGAAGCGUAUGGAUUGCUUAUACUAGAAGGAAAAGACUGGCAAAGGGUGAGGAGCGUAUUUCAAAAAAAGUUGAUGAAGCCAACAGAAGUACGAAAACUGGAUGGAAAGAUGAAUGAGGUUCUGAAAGAUUUCGUCGGAAGAUUAGAGAGGCUUCGCGACGAGACAGGCAAGAUUGACGAUUUAUACCAGGAACUGAACAAAUGGUCCUUUGAAACAAUUUGCUUGGUGCUGUACAAUAAACGAUUUGGUCUUCUGGAACAAAAUGUGGGUGAAGAAUCUUUGAACUUCAUUCAGGCUAUUAAAAUUAUGAUGAAUACAUUUGGUAAAAUGAUGGUGACUCCAGUUGCACUUCAUAGGAGCUUUAAUACGAAGACUUGGAAGGACCAUACAGAAGCUUGGGAUAAUAUAUUCAGAACAGCAAAAUGUCACAUUGAUGGAAGACUGAACAGAGACUCAUCCUGCCCUGCCAAUGACUUCCUUUCAGACAUCUACAAUGACAGUGAACUAUCAAGAAAAGAGCUGUACGCUGCCAUCACUGAGCUCCAGGUUGGAGGAGUAGAGACGACUGCCAACUCUUUGCUAUGGGCCAUCUUCAAUAUCUCUCGCAAUGCCAAAGUGCAAGAAAAACUUAAUGAGGAACUGUUGCGUGUGCUGCCUGAAAAACAGACCCCAACUGCAGAAGAUAUUAAGAAAAUGCCCUACCUGAAGGCUUGCCUGAAGGAGUCUAUGAGAAUUACUCCUUCUGUGCCCUUUACAAGUCGGACCUUGGAUGAAGAAACAAUCCUUGGUGACUAUUUGCUGCCUAAGGGAACUAUUUUAAUAAUAAGCUAUCAUGCAUUAGGGUGGAAUGAAGAAUAUUUUGAUGAAGGGAUGCAGUUCAAACCUGAGCGCUGGCUGCAGGAUACGGAUAAAAUCAAUCCCUUUGCUCAUGUGCCGUUUGGUGUUGGAAAAAGGAUGUGUAUUGGCCGGCGGCUGGCAGAGUUGCAGCUGCAGUUGGCCCUCUGCUGGUUGGUACAAAGGUACAAAAUAGUGCCAACCGAUGAAGAUGCUGUGGAAACACUGAAUUCUGGGAUAAUGGUGCCAAAUCGUGAGAUCCCUGUUGCAUUCCACAACCGUUAAAAGGAGCACCGUGAUUCUUCGACAGCACAGCCCAACCUACACUUUUGUUAACCUCAGCAUUUUAUAAUCAGUCAAAAAGGCACCACAAGGCCAAAAGAAUGUUGUGGGAAUGGAAGGAUUACAACACAUUCACUGACCACAGAGGAUUACAGUCUGCGCUUGGUCUGAUAAGAAAUUAAGUAAUGCAACCUUAUUUUGACAGACCCAUUCACUGAACAAUAGCCUUACGAGUAAAUUGUAAAGAGAUACUGUGUGAUAUUUGAUUCUUAAUAUUCUGUAAAGUUAUAAUGUAUUAUAUGUAAAAUCAUUUACCCAAAAGAAGUAAGGAUUUUCAAAUAACCAGAAGAAACCAUCUCCAUGAAAACUUGUGACUGUGCCAGUGUGCUGCAACCAAAACUUUUACAGGAACCUGCUAGUCCACAUAAACUGGAGUGUGGUGAGGUGGAUUUGUGUGUUGCUGAGGGUGGAGAAUCUGUCCCCUGCAAACAACCAUAUCUGCAAGGUGAGGGAGGAAUCAGAAUCAGUGACAUAUGUCAUGAAAUUUGUUGUUUUGCGGCAGCAGUACAGUGCAAGACAUAAAGACGUAAAAAUUACUGUAAGUUACAAAAAUAAAUAAUGCAGAAGAGAAAUAAUGAGGUACCGUUCAUGGGUUCACGGACCGUUCAGAAAUGUGAUGGCAGAGGGGAAGACCUCUGUUUCAUUUCUAGAUUAACUGGAAAAAUUGCACAGUAAAGUAUAACUGGUGUAGAAAUUCAUCUUGAAAGGUAGUGAAAAACAGGAUAUAUCACAUUGACUAUUUCAUUCAAUAUUCAAUUGUGUCAAUAAAAUGUAAUAUCCUGCUGUGAUGUACAAUAUGUGAUCAAAGUUAAUCCUCCCACUCUACACCCCUUGAAGGAUGAAUCCCUGCUCUGUUUUCUUGGUAACAUUUAACUAUGUAAAUAGAUAUUAUUUAAACUGCAUAUUCAUGUAUCAAAUCAAUAUUCCUAUUUAAAUCCUUAUAACUAUUGAUAAACUGCCAUUUACGGAACAAAUUAAUCUGUUCGUGUCAGAUGUUAAACUGCACUCAGAUAAAUUGGCUCCUUGCAUCCAAUUUAAAAGUAAUAGGCACUUUGUAAUG